AUGACCUUUGCUGUCGACCAGGCCGACCUCGCGUGGAGCAGACUGUUGCACUCCCUCGAACGGGAGCCAGGUCCCCUACACAGCACCCACGAAGCAUUUACUUUCAUUAUCAUACUAUUCUUCCCAUUCGCAGUCCGAUACUAUGUGGAGCUGUUUAUAAACCACCGCCUAUAUUUCGACAAAAACGCUCGACGGGCCCAAUGCUCCUCCUCCAACCUUGUCAUUCAUCAAUAUCACGACCGGUGA